CUUCAUCAAAAGAGAGAAAACAAUCUCUUCUUAUUUCGCUUCAAAUUCUUACUACAUAUCUACUUUUUUGUCAAUUUGUGUUACACAAACAUGGGUGGGUCAUCUCCUUGUGCUUCUUGCAAGCUCUUGAGGCGCCGCUGCGCCAAAGACUGCAUCUUUGCCCCUUACUUUCUUUCUGAUGAUCCUCACAAGUUUGCCAUUGUUCACAAGGUCUUCGGUGCUAGCAAUGUUAGCAAAAUGUUGCAGGAGCUUCCACUUCAUCAAAGAGCGGAUGCUGUGAGCAGUUUGGUUUAUGAAGCAAAUGCAAGAGUAAGGGACCCAGUUUAUGGCUGUGUUGGUGCAAUAUCAUACCUUCAAAGCCAAGUUUCCCAAUUACAAAUGCAGCUGGCUGUGGCUCAGGCAGAGAUCCUGUGCAUCCAGAUGCAGCAAGAGUCCACCACAUGCACCUUACCGACCCAGCAGAUGGACCAUCAUCACCACCAUCAUCAAGAUCAUGAUCAGAAACCCCUUAUUUUGUCCAAUACUAGUAAUAAUAGUACUAUUACUAACUUCUCUACCAAUCUUCCACAGUACCUCAGUUUCUCUUCUUCUGGCAAUAUUAAUGUAAUGCAAGAUCCAACUCUCCAAAGAGAAUCUCUUUGGACUUGAAUAUUAGUUAUAAUAAAUAUGAUCUCGUCUUUUACUGAAGUAUUAGAUCAAUAACAUUUUUAUUAUUAUCUUUUCGAGGGAGUUUAAUUAGUCGUAAUUUAGAUAUAUGUCAAUAAUAAUAAGAAGAAAAAAAGUAUUACACAUUUCUGGAUUUACGGGUCAAACUCUGCAUGUGGGAGGUGGCGGAG